AUGACCGUCUUCCGGGGCAGUUUCCAAUGGAUCCUCCAGCGGCGGCUGUACGCGGACGACUACCUCAUCAUCGCGGGCCUCGCCACGCUGACGGCGUUAUCGGUCGUCAUCACGGCCAUGCUGCCGCAAUUCUACCUCGCCGGCGAGCCGCUGCCGCUGCCGCUCGACGAGUUCGUGGCGAGGUCGACUGCGGCCCUCAAGUUGAUGUUCUCGCAGAUGCUGCUGUUCUGGACCACUCUCUGGGCGGAACUGACGUGUUCGGAUUCAGCCGGGUGUAACGCGCCGGACGAUCUUGUGCGCGCCGAUGCGUCCAUCAGGUUCGCGACUGGCGCCGAUAUUGCCGCGGAUUUGUUGAUCAUGAUCCUGCCCCUCAACCUGCUGCGCAAGCUCACCAUCUCGCGGUCCCACAAGCUCGGCCUCACCGUCCUCUUCUCCCUCGGCGGCGUCAUCGUCGCCUUCGCCAUCGCGCGCCUCGUACAGGUCACAAAGGCCACGAGCGACGCGGCCAAGGACCCCACGACCGUGGCCAACGGGCCGGUGCUUCUCAGCAUGUGGAGCCACAUCGAGUCCUCCGUCAGUGUCAUUGUCGCGACGCUGCCGGCCUUCCGCUUUCUCCUCAGCAAGAACAGAAACAUGGCGAGAAAGACGACGAACAAAUACGCCGGCCCGAUGAUCGGCGGCCCCGGCGGCAUGUCUCUGCGGUCGAUGAGGCGGCAGAAGGGUGCGAUCCGGUUUGGCGGCAGGGACAGCGCCAUGACCGUCUCGGCACAAGGCAGUGAGACGGAACUGCGGCCGUUCAGAGGCCUCGAAAAGAAGGUUGUGUUCGAGAUUGAACAUUUGCCACAAGAGUUGAGUUUGGGGGAAACGAAGCGCAGGACACAAGAGCCAUUUGCCUGA